ACGUGGGUUUCUGCGGCACCCGCAGAUCAACGCCACUAGCGAUUUAAAAGUGGCAGCGGCAGAGGCAACAACUUCAGCAGUUGCAGCAGCAUAAGUACCAUCAGCGAACCAUCAUCGCCAGCAUCAUCGUAAUCAUCGCCAGCAGCAGAGCGGACUUGUGCCAGCGAUCAGGUCGCAGAGACGGCGCCUCCCCUUGGCGCGCGUUGAAUAAACGAGCCCACGACGUUUUUUUUUGGUACGUCGCCGAUCGGACAACAAGACGCGAGUCAGAGAAUCUCCGAUCCCUUUUCUCUCUCCCUUUCUCUCUCUCUCUCUCUGCCUUGCCAUGACCGCCGCCGAGAGCAUGGAGGCGCUGCCCGUGGUAGCGGCGGGCGGCGGGGCCCAGCUGUGGGACAUCUCGCACCCGCCCGUGCUCUUCUUCCUGCUCUCCGCUCUGCUCAUCCUCCUCGUCACCCUGGAAGCUCGCAAGCACGGCCGCUCUCAUCAGCAGCAGCAAAAGCACAGCGCUCCCGACCCUCCGGGUCCCCUCGGAUUCCCCAUCGUCGGAAACUCCCUCCAGCUGGGACCGAUGCCUCACCUGACCCUCAAUGCCAUGGCGCAGCGCUACGGGGCCGUGUUCCGCAUCCACCUGGGCCACGAGCCCGUGGUGGUGCUCACGGGGGAGGAGAUCAUCCACGAGGCGCUGGUCAAGCGCGGCGCGGAGUUCGCGGGCCGGCCCGACUUCCCCUCCUUCGCCCUCGUGUCGGGCGGCAACAGCAUGUCGUUCAAUACCUACAGCGAGCUGUGGCGCGUGCACCGGCGGCUGGCGCACUCCACGUUGCGCGCCUUCUUCACGGGCACGGCGGCGACCCGCCGCGUCUUCGAGGGCCACGUGCGCCUCGAGGCGGCCGAGCUGUGUGCGAUGCUCGCGGAGGCGACGAGCCGAGCGGGAGGCUGCGGCGUCGACCCCAGCGAGCCGACGGUGGUGGCCGUGGCCAACGUCAUCUCGGCGGUGUGCUUCGGCAAGCGCUACGAGCACGACGACGCCGAGUUCCGCGGCCUGUUGCGCAACAACGAGCGCUUCAGCAAGACCGUGGGCGCCGGCAGCGUGGUGGACGUCAUGCCAUGGCUCAUGCGCUUCCCCAACCCCGUGCGCUCCAUCUUCCGCGACUUCGAGCAGAUGAACAACGAGUUCUUCGCCUUCGUGCAGCGCAAGGUGCGAGAGCACCGCGACUCGUACGACCCCGCGGCGACCCCGCGCGACAUGAUCGACGCGCUCAUCGGGCACAUCGAUGGCGGAGGCGGCGACAGCGACGACGAGGGAGACGCGGCAGACGGGGCCAAAGCUGGCGCUGGCGGUGCGCGCGAGGAGCUCCUGAAGUUGGGGCCGCAGUACGUGGACAGCACCCUCACGGACGUGUUCGGGGCCGGCCAGGACACCAUGUCCACGUCGCUGAUGUGGUUCGUGCUCUUGUGCGCCAAGCACCCGGAACUUCAGGCCGACAUGCAGAGAGACAUCGACCGCGUGGUGGGACGCGAACGGCUGCCACGCCUGGACGACCGGCCGCAGUUGGCGUGCGUCGACGCCUUCGUGUGCGAGAUGAUGCGUCACGUGAGCUACGUGCCCUUCACCAUCCCGCACGCCACCACCACGGACACUGAGCUCAACGGCUACCGCGUCGCCAAGGGCACCGUGGUGUUCGUCAAUCAGUGGUCGGUCAACCACGACCCGGCAAUCUGGCGCGAUCCCGAGCGCUUCGAUCCGAGCCGCUUCCUGGACGAGACGGGCGCGGCGCUCGACCGCGACCUCGCGCGCAGAGUCAUGAUCUUCUCGGCGGGCAAGAGGAGGUGCAUCGGCUACGAGAUGGCCAAGAUGCAGCUCUUCCUCUUCUGCAGCGCCUUGCUCCACCAACUGAGCAUAUCCGUGCCCCCCGGGCACGUCGUGAGCCUGGAGGGCGUGUACGGUCUCUCCCUGAAGCCCAAGUAUCUCUCGGUGGCGUUCACUCCGCGCGAACAGCUGCUGGGUCGACCAGGAGAGGCAGAGGAGUGACGCGAGAGAGUGGGAGAGAGCGAGAGAGAGAGAGAGAGUGAGGAUAUUACUGUGUUAGUGAUAAUGCAAGUGAGAGGUCGGGUGGGGUCGGGGGGGGGGGGGGCAGCAUAGAGAGUGAGCGAGAGUGAGAGCGCACAUGCGUGACAGGGAGUGAGUGGGUGAGAGAUGAGCGAAAGAGAGAGUGAGUGAGCGAGAGAGUGAGCGAGAGAGUGAGAGAGAACACUUUGAGACAUCGAGUGAGAGCGCGGGGUGGGGGGGGGUGUAAGAGAGAUUUUAAAUACGAGAAUCAGGAAUACGGAAUUGAGAGGAGGCGCGGUCGGAGUGAGAGAGUGAGAUCAUAUUUUAGAGCGAGUGAAGAUAUGAACACGACGUAGAUUGGACAGAGAUCGUGUGCGAGAAGAGGAGGCCAGAGUUACGUGAUACAUAUUCAUGCUGAUGAUGAUGAUGAGAAUGAUUUCUUAGAGAGUGGAGAGCGAGCGGCUAUGCAGUGGUUAGCGCACAGCGCCGCACACGCUGUGACAAGUUCGAUUUCCAGCCGCAUCGAAUGACAUCUGAACGUGUCCUGCGGCCUCGUCCGUAUAGGACUAUAGGUCGACACGGCCUUGAAACCAGCACACGUAACUGGCAUGGCGUACGUGAGCAUCGCCACUUGGGGAGACAAAGGCGGUCGGGCGUCGUGACGGCUUUAAUAGGUGGUGGAUAACAGCACUUGCCCCAACAUACGAUGGAGACUAUAGGGGGGGGGGGGCUUUGCAUGUAUUUGUGUGUAUGUGCGUAUUCUGUACGCACAUACGUGCGAGGUGUGUGGUGUCAUUUGACGAUUACACUCACGAUUCCUCCUAGUGUGCAUCGAUCAUUUUUUAUCAAUUAUUUCCAUUCGUUCGCACAGCCGACGGUGGGAACUGCGGUCACUAAUGGGUUCACCUCGCGCCAUAGCUGCGAAAAAACACGUAAAUCGAUUACGUUGAUCGAUUCGUGAAAAUGUAUUGGUGUCGACGACGGUGCCAUUCGUUACGGUCUCGCUUCUCAUUAAUUGCGUACGCAGAGCAAUCAAUCAAGGGCUGCCGUGGUAAAUAGAGACCCAAAACUCCCUUCUGUGUUGCCACGCAAGGAACACGUCUUUCAUUCAGCCCAUCGGCUGAUGAGCAAUCCAAACUAAUAACAAACCCGAGAUAAUUCGAGCUGAUAUGAGCAAACGAAAAAAAAGCAUAACCAACGUAAUAUGUUCAAGGUGAUAUUGGUCCGGACAUUUAUGGUAAUUGUAGUAAUAUUAUAAAUAUUAUUAUUGUUAUUACAAUAACACUAUCGGUCUGGAUGGGCUAACUGGCGUCGUGAUUACAUAUAUGUGUGCGUUUGUAUUGUCACUGAACGGAAAUCGGGCCCCUUUAUAUUCGCUGACCUCACCCAAGGGGACCAAUUCACGCGUCGUUGGCGAAUGUUUAUUUGGCAUCAUUUUCUGCAGAGCUACGCCGAUCGCUCACCCCUCCGCCAUCGACAACGAAGGGGUUGGGGGUGCGGAGUGCGCACAGAGAUCACAACGAAGACAAAGAUCCCCCGCCCCCCGUAUAACCUUAACAAACUUUUGGAGCCAACAGUCACACACACACACACUCACUCGCUUAUACACACGCACACACACUGUCACACUUCGACAGGCGCUGACGAAAACAGCAGGAGCCACAUCGCAAAUUUGCCUCGUCAAUUCGCUACUUUCUUUAAGUUUGUUUUUUUGCGGACCGAGUGUGACACACAGAGACAAACAGAUACAUGGGGCCAAAAUAUGUUUUCUUCUAAACAAAAUGUAUAUGUUAAAUGUUUAAAUAGGAUGAAUAGCUAUUGUUAACAUCUUACGCAGAUCAUCAGACCCGAUAGUCGCGUUUCCGCUCAGAUACAAAACGAGACUCCCCCCCCCCCCCUCCCGUUCGAUCUCAUUUGAGUUGAGUGCCCCUUGAAAAAAGUUGAUAACCCACGCGCGCAUUUUUAUAUAUCAAACGCACGCAACUCAAGCUCGUCAACUGUGGCAGUAAAAGAUACAAAAUGCUUAACCGUCAACUUUUCGUGCGGUGGCCCUUCUCCAUCGCUAAAAGGGCCAUGUAAAGAAGCUGAAGGGUCAGUGCCCGAAACGUCGCCGAUUAUAUGCAUAUUGUUUUAAGGCGACAGUGUUGUCGACGAGCGUCGUGGGUUUUGCUUAUUGCGCUUGUGCACCACCGCUAACGCACAAACAUCACACACAGAACAUUUUACAAUCUACAUUUUUAUUUGAUUACACAAUUUUCCAGUUCACGCUCAGAAGUGAGACGAAUGGUCGCGGCACCAGAGCGGGAGAUACCUUUCCGGUGUGGGAGGAAGGAUUUCAUCCAGCAGUGGAUAAGACAAUGGAGAAUAUUGAUGACGAUUUUGUACUCUUAAGAGAUUGCUCGCGCUCGAUUCAUUUUAAACACUUUACAAUCUACGAUCGAUAUCUUAAUCGCCUCUCUGCGCAAACGGUCGCACUAAUAACGGAAUCAUUCGCUCGCUCGUUUCGGCCACUUCAUCUUUCCUAUUCUCAACCAUAUCCUGACAAUUAUAUAUUGUGAGAGGUUUUUUUCGGGGGGGGGGGGGGGGAGGUGUCCCAGGACAGCCCCCUAAUUGGAAUCAUCUGUCUGUCGUGCAGACAUCGCGUGGGAUUACACGUGACACGUCACGUGGGAUUCAAGUUGCACAAUUACAUACUGGGUGAUGGGGGGGUCAGGUGAGUGGGUAGGUGGGCGAGGUAGGUGAUGGGGGAGUAGAUGGGCGAGUAGGUGGGGUGAGGAGUAGAUGCGUGAGUAGGUACGUCAGCGUGUUGGCGAGCAGGUGGGUUUGUAGGUGAGUACGUGGGUCAGCAGGUGGGCGAGGUAGGUGAUGAGCGAGUAGGUGGGUGGGCUUUACAAGUUUCACAAUGAAGGCCCCCUACAACUGACCAAUGAGCCACGGCACGCGACCGAUUUCAACAAACCUCGGAAAGCUGAGCAGGUUUUUAGCCUGGAUAGUGUGAGCAUGAGCGACCACCAUCCAUAACAACACAAAGCUGUAGGCUGAUGUGGCCAGCAGAUGGCAGUGCAGGAAAACUAAUUGCAGUACUGUACUUCUAUGUUCCCGCAUAUAUGCACCUGGCCUUGAUGAACCUGCACGGACCAGCGUGGUGAAGUAUGGUCAAAACAAACGCUAUAUGGCGUAGGGUAGGCCCCUCAUCCAGCAGUGUAUUGAUGAAAGGGACUAUACAUUACUUGUAUUGUUACAUAUUCACGUGAUCUGAUCUCGGCGAAAUGUUAGGCGUAAUGUGUUCGUGUAAGCGUUCCUUUAUCCUGCGUUGAUUUCGCCCGAGAUCUCAACCAAGCUCGUGUCGACUCAUCUACAGCGCGGUCAGCCACCAUCACUGCAAGAUCUCAACAAUACACUCACUCAUCCACCCACUCACUCACCAACCCACCCACCCAUUCACUCAUACACUCAACCACCCAC